AAACACACACACAAUCACCUCGUCUAAUUCAAGUCCCUCAAAGACGACUCCUGUCACAGAUCGCAUCUCGGCAAAAUGGCGGGACCGUACGAUUUCAGCCUGUUCGCUUCAAGAAACCACGCCUCACUGUGAAGCGUGUAGCGAUCUCUGUGAUCAUGGGUGGCGCGAUGAUGGCAUAUGUGCUGCUAAUCGCAAGGGCGGCGGGCAUAUCAGUCGAGGUGAGCCUCGAGGAAGUAGAAGACGAGGGAGGGGAAGAAGAGGAAGAAGUUGAGGAUGGGGAGGACGUUGGGUAUGCCUCGGAAGACAGCUUAUUCAUUCCUCUCACUUGGAGCAAAAAGAUGCCGCGCACAUUCUAUAAAGGCAGUGAUCCAGAGUGGCAGGAGUUUGUGAAGAUUGCAAAAGAUAAGCAAAGGCAUAAAAAGAUUCAGGACGAACUCGUUCAGACGGUAUACUCGAACUGUCAGAAGCAUCCGAUCAUCAAGCAGCAGUUGGGAAAGGAUGCCAAGAUAGGAAAAUACUGGCUGGACAUCUCAUUUCCAGAUGGCCCGCCUCAAGAGUACGAGCGAAGCGGAAUUGAGAUUGGCGAUGGCUUUGUGGCGUUGAGUCAGCAGAGAGUGACGCCGGAGAAGCAGUGGCGACUCAUGCGUGCGCUUUAUCCCAAGGCUGCGUUUGAUUCGUUGUGGGCGGCUACCAGCGUUCUGGCGGGCAUCCACUUUCGAAGAAUCAAGCAGCUUCUGGGGUGGGAAGGCAAAGAUCCUUUCAGUCCAGAAGAGCGAUAUCGACACGCGCUCGAGGUGAUGGAGAAGCGGCAGGCUGCUAGAGAUGGGAAACAGGUUGGUGGGAAAGCGCAACUCGACGCCGAUGGUAAUGCCAGCUCUAUUGUUGGUCGUUCAUCAGCGUCUGCGACGAGUACAGAAGCGCCGAAAACAGGGAGCGAGGGAGCAAAGAAACUACCAUUCGGCUUUGAGGUGCCCAUGCCUGGACAUGCUCUCGGCGGGGAGGGCACGCACGACCUUCAUAUCGCCAUGCAUUCCUUCAGCUCGACAAUCAGGAAGCAGUGGAAUCCAAAGAAGAUGGAGCCGCCGCGAGGGACGUUCGUGGUACAGGGAUUGGUGGAAGUGCGAGGGUCGCGUGGCAGGGUGCUCUUGGAUGUGCAAAGCUGCUACGACCCCAAGCAAGCGAGGUUUGUAGCCAUGCACGCUUCUGUGCGGAACUUCAAGCGAUGGAAUCAGGCGCCCAAGGGCGGGCCUUGA